CCCCAACCUCGACCUUCGUAAAGUUGAAGCCUGAGAGUCCGAUACGCGGCAAACUCCAACGGCCUCCAUGGUUGUGGUUGCCAUCUUGGCGCUAUCACCAUGCGAUUCUUUAGUCUAGCAUCGAUACUUCUUGCGGGUCUGCUGGCAGCCUCUAACCAUACUACCGCGUUAGCCUGGGCCCCGGCCCAGGAAAGUUUAGACGGAGAUGAUACUCUAGGCCAUGGGGGAUUCAAGCUACACCUGCUCAUAAAUCCUGAAGAUGCUGCCGUCGAUAUUGUUGCGGUCCAUGGACUAGAUGGACAUUGGAAAAGGUCAUGGACUGCGCAUAAUGGGGUGUUCUGGCUCAGAGACCUUCUUCCUCACGAGCUUCCCCGGGCACGCGUAUUCUCCUUCGGUUAUGACUCUAGGACGAGGGGCGGAAGCAACCCGCUGACGCUAGACAUUUCCGACUUUGGGAAGGACUUGGUGACGUCCUUGGCUAAUGAGCGACAUUUGACGAAUACAGAGGCCCGACCGUUAAUCUUCAUUGGUCACAGUCUUGGGGGGCUUGUCAUAAAGAGUGCGCUCCUGCACUCAGACAUGGCACGAGUAGGCCACCUCGAGAGGCAAAAGUCUAUCAAGCUUUCAACUUACGGCGUUCUCUUCCUCGGAACGCCGCACCAAGGCGGCGAGGGGAUACCUCUCGCUAAAAUCAUGACUGCGGUGCUUUCUACAAUGUCCUAUACGAACCCAAACCUCCUCGACCAGGUUUCGCGUCACUCAGAAUGGCUUCAGGACCUCCAGGCACGGUAUAACCCCAUCAGCAGAGAUUUCGAGACCAUAUUCUUCUACGAGACACAUAAAAUGGCGGUUCCGGUCAUUGGCCAAAUCCUCGUUGUCCCAAAGUUCUCAGCCAUUAUUCAGGGAGCUGUAAAUGCCGAGGACGUGAGCCUGUCCGCCGAUCACAGCACCAUAGUGAAAUACUCCGGAUUUGCAGACCCAAACUUUGAGAGGGUCGCCAAGCGUCUACAAGUUCUCGUCAACGAUGCAGAGUCUCGAGUUCGCCAAAACUGGGUACAUUGGCAUGCAAUAAAAGAAAUUGAACUGCAGGCGCAAGCGAAAGAGCCGAAGGAACUAUUCCUUUCCAGUGGUCCCCUAGAAUUCCGUCUUGGGCUAUUGGUCGACCAGCUCAGGAACCGCCACUUCGUCGGCCGGGAGACAACCCUCCUCCAGCUCCAUCGAAUCCUUCAAGGCGCCCGUGGGAGCGACCUCUUCAGACUUGCUGUUUUAUACGGAACCGGUGGUAUCGGGAAGACCCAGCUUGCUCUUGAGUAUGCUUACUCGUCCGCAUCCCGGUACAGCUCAAUAUUCUGGAUCGAUGGUAGCAGCAAGGAAUCAGCGGUUUACAGUAUUAAAAGGUACUUGGAUCUGAUCAAGAUCCACUACGAUUCCAGCAGGACCUCCGAGGGGAAUCCAACGUAUCAAAUAAUCAAAGAGGCACUCGACAAGACCCACGCGGACAAGCCCCCAAAAUCGAAAAACUCGGAGGGAAUGGGGACGACAGAUCCCGAGGUUCAUCGCCACCUGACAGAAGCUUUUGUUUAUUGGCUAUCCUGUGACGACAACAAGGGUUGGCUUAUCAUUCUCGAUAAUGUUGACGACCUGGAAUCUUUCGACUUCCGAGAGCUACUCCCUAAGACUCAAUGGGGCGCAGUGAUUGUCACGAGCAGAAGAUCCGACCUGGCCGUCGGGUGGGAUGCUAUUGAGGUCACCAACAUGGACGAGGACGAGGCGAUAAACCUGCUGAUGGCUAGCGCAAAGCUGUCUCUGCGGCGCGGUAUGAGCGAUUGGGAAGAUGCCCAACGACUCGUGGAAGUUCUUGGAUACUUUCCGCUUGCAAUUGUUCAAGCAGGCUCUUUCAUUGCUGUUCAGCGGCCGAACAACCCGGUGGCCAGUUACCUCGAGCUACUUCAGGGGUAUCCAGCAACAGUGUUAGCCCACAGAAACGCUAAAGCCGCAUGGGAUUACAGGAACGACACCGUCCUCACGACAUGGGAGAUCUCGUACGAUGCCGUCAGCAAGCAGAUGCCAAGAGCUGCUAAGAUCCUUCAUCUCUGUGCCUUCUUGCGGCGUGACGAGAUCGUAGAGGAUCUAUUUGUUUUCGGACUACCAUCAAGCAGCCAAAGUGAAGGUAUACAAACCCAGCAGGCUUUUAACCUUCUCAUGUCAUACUCGUUUGUCCAGCGGAAUUCCGACGCUUCCGGGUUUUCCCUGCACCCGCUCGUCCACAUGUGGGCAAGGCUUCGACUGAACCGGCGAGACCGAGAAGCUGUCGCCCUCGAAGCUCUCCAAAUGCUGUAUCGAUAUUACAGAACACGAAGUUCUGGCUGGGGGGCUUCAAUCCAUGCCGGGGAGCUUUUUUCCUUCUACGAGACGGAAUCUCCUUGCAACCCCCUGGACAGGGUCGACCUCGGGGCCACCGAGCCAGAGUUCGGUCAGGUGUUGCGAGGAGCAUUCUACUGGGCAAAGGGCAUGUUUGACGAGGCGAUUUCCUCUGUCUAUCGCAAAUACUUUACCGACGGGGUCUCUCCUCUCCGACACUGGGAACUAUUUGACGAGUUAAGUCAUUACAUUUACAUUCCCCUCAGCUUUGCAAACGACGUUAGAAUCACGGGUUGGAUUGGGUGUCAAGCGGCGUCAUCAUUCGGGAGCAAGCAUCCUCGAGCUCUCAACGUUCUCGGGAACUAUGCCUUCUCCCUCUACGAAGCAGACGAGUACAAGGACUCCCUUGCCUGGUACGAGUGGCUCUUGUCCACCAGGACACGAAUCCUGGGCGCUUCGCAUCCAGCAACUGCCGGAGCGAUGCUUGGGAUUGCGCGAGCCACCCAAGACUGCGAUGUGGCGAUCCCCAACGCCAUAGAGGGCUUCCAGAGACGCCUUGACAUGCUCGGCUUCGACGAUUUCCUCACUCGAAACGCCCUUUCUGUUGUAAUGGAGAUGCAUGACCCGGGCGUCUGUGGAGAGAAAACCGGCGAGCCGGCCCUGAGCACGUGGAUGAUGAACUUCAUCCAGGGCCAAGGCGGUCUAACCAAAUUAUUUGACUGGGUUGUUUCCAAUCUUGGUUGGUCGGAUGAGGGAAUCAAGCUUGCCGCAGCGUUCCUUGCGGCUAACGAAGUGGACGAUGGCGUGGCCUUGAUCGUUCACUUCCUAAGCUCAAACACUGAUAGGUGGUCCGACGCCAUGGUGUAUGCACGUCAACUCGCCCUAGAUGUGGUCUUCGAAUUCACUGGCCCCAUUUCGCACAGUGGUCGUGUGCAGGACUUGAUCUCCACGCUCGAGCGAUUGUGGGACAUCUCAAGGCCCCAAGGGCGUUUUAUUGAUAUCCUCCUCAAUCGACUGGCUUGUGUCCAAGUUUCAAUUCCCCUUGUCAUAUUUAUGCUUCAUCGCAAGCGCGGGGAUACCGAGAUGGCGGACCAUUGGCUCGCAAAGCUCCCAGAUCUGCCGCCGGAAUGGCUUGCGUCGGGCUCAUGCGGCGACUACGGAUAUCAAUCUAUCGGUGAGCGACUCCCACACGUCUACCUAAAAGAUGUUGUCUAUUAUGCGCUAUAUCGGAACCAUCCGAUGACUGUCCCUGUCGAGGCUGUCGCUGAAUCAGUCGUUCGUCUUAUCAUGAACCCCAUGAAUUUCUCGGGUGACGCCUUGGGACACAGGCUGGCACUUUCGGGAUGGGAUUCCUCUCUGUGCCCGGCUUCUCUUCUCGGUUCGCUAGAUGCACUGGAUGCAAUCGGCGGCGCUGAUGCACAGGAGGUCAAGUGUCCCCGAUAUGCUUUUGGAAAAUUGGUGGUGGAAGCGAAGCAAUUUCUCGAACAGGACAGGUCGGAGUCUUGCUUCCAGGACUUUCGAAGGACUUACAUGUGCCGGGCAAAUUGACAAGGUCGCUGGUGGGCACCAAAGAGGGAGAAAGAUGAAGAGUGAUGGAUGUAAUUAUGAUGCGAGCUUCGGUAUUAUCGUGGUAACGCCCCUUUUAGACAGCCUCGACAGUCCUUCAACACUUGGCUGGGCUAGCCCCGUGAAAAAAAAAAAGAGUGAAAAAAAUG